UUGCUGAUUAAAGAGAACCCCGCACCCAAGAUCCUGCACACGAAUGUUACAUAACUUUGUUAAAACUCUUCUCUUGCAACUCUCUCUUUUAGACAUGUCAUACCAGCUUUACAGAAACACCUCUUUGGGACAGACUCUACAGGACUCCCUGUACGAAUUGAUGCAAUAUGGACAAAUCCCCCCUAGUCUGGCCACGGAAGUUUUGCUGCAAUACGACAAAGCCAUCAAUGAGGCCUUGAACUCGCGAGUCAAAAACCGGGUUUGGUUUCACUCCGGAAAGUUAUCUACCUAUCGCUUUUGCGACAAUGUGUGGACGUUCCUCUUAAAGGACGUGGAAUUCAAGGAGAACACUCAAAUGUUUCUGAACGUGGGCAAGGUCAAGAUUGUGGCUUGCGAUGCGAAGGCCUCUCACGGAGGAGCUGAGGGCGGUUCGGCCCCCGCCCCUUCGACCUCUUCGAAGAAGCAGUCCUCGUCGUCCGCUUCGGCCAAGUAAUUGUUGACCGGUUCGCAGCGGAUUAUUUGCGAAUAUCAUUUUAGCAUCCGAGCCAAGCAUUCGUCACAAGUGAUUUUUAUCUGGUCAUAGUCUGUGGAAUACACGUGCACACACGCACAUGCAUAUUCACACGCACACAAGUGAUAAGACUCUAAAUGUCGUCAAUGUCAUCAUUGUUGUCAAUUGUUCAGUUUCGAGCGAAUAAACCGCCUCAAUCCCA